AUGGCACAGUUCGUGAAAAACUUGGCCAUUGCUGUGUUUGGCAUUAAUACUCUUAAAAACAGUUCAGUAACUGGUGCUAAAUCCAAUAGAAAUAAAAAUAAAAAACAAGAGACACCUAGACCAGCACUAGAUUCUACAAAGUUACAAGCUAUAAGAGCUACUGUUAAACAUUAUGCAAUGUCUGAAAAAGGUGAAGACGAAGUAACAGCAGACUAUGAGGCACAACAAAUUGGAACUCAUAUAGCACAUAAGAUUUAUGAACUUAAUAACCCACCAAAUCGAAAAGGACGUCGUAAACAAAGUCCCAUAUUGAUGCAUGAACAAGAAUUAGUGUCAUAUCCGUUGUUACAACACUUUAAUCCAAAGGCGGAAACCGAGUUGCACACGGAUGCCUGUUCACAAGGCCUUGGUGCUAUUUUAUUGCAGAAACAAUCCUUCGGGCACUGGGCGCCGGUAGCGUAUUAUAGCCAAACUACCAAUUAA